AUGGAGCAGCAGCGCUACAGAGAAGUCGCCACGCGGGCCGCGGAGACGCUGCAGACCUACCGGGAGGAUCUCAGCGGCUGGCGGAGCUGCAAGCGCACGAAUGAAAUUUCUAUUUCUUGGAAGCCGUCAACUGAAUUUCAUGGAAACUUAUACAAAGCAGAAGGGAUUCUGCCUGCAGAACUGGAGGCUGUCUUUAAAUGCAUAAAACCGGAGGCUGGAGGCCUUAGAGAAAAAUGGGAUAAGAACGUGAAGGAAUUGUUCAUCAUUGAGAUAAUUGAUGAAAACAUUUGUAUCCUUAGAACUGUCACACCUUCAGCAUUAAUGAAGAUCAUUUCUCCAAGAGAUUUCUUAGAUGUGGUUCUAAUUAAGCAGGAUGAAGACGGGACAAUAUUAUCAGCAGCAACCAAUGUGGAGCAUCCGAAAUGUCCACCUGAACCAGGUUAUGUGAGGGGACAGAACUAUCCCUGUGGCUGUUUCUGCAUUCCUGUCCCAGGGGACCCAAGCAAAACCCAAUUGGUCAGCUUCUUCCAGAGUGAUCUAAGCGGCAACCUUCCUCAUUCGAUCGUCGACUCCUUCUUUGCAAGCAGCAUAGCUGAGUUUUACAGCAAUCUGACCAAAGCAGUGAAGACACUUGUGGCUUAAGCAAUUUUUUUCUCCCUGAGAAAACUGAACUAGCAGAGCUCCUGUAUAUGUUUGCAGUUUUGUGAUUGCAGCUGAGCAGGACAGACAUUAAUACA